GUUUUGCUGCCCUGAUGCAAGGUCAUCUGUGUAUGGAAACACUCUUCACAGAUGUGCAUCCAUGGUUAGAAGUGCUGUGAAGCAAUACAGGGUCUCAGUUUUGCUCAUACUGUGACUUCAGUUCCUGUUUCCAUCCUAUUCAGUCUCAAUGUGUAGAUUUUGUGGCUGAUGCUGGGCAGGUGUCUCUUAUGGGAGCCUGGGCAUGGGGGUGAUUCCAGACAUGCCUUCGAUGGGGGCAAAAUGUGACACUGAAGUUCUGCCCGUUUGUGAUGGUGGCCUUCAGGGCCCUGACCCCUCAGUUGCACUGUGUGCUCCUGUUUUUCUGAAACUGUGUCCUAUUCCAUGAACAGAAAUAGAAAGUUGGCUGGGGCUUUGUCCUGUUCCCGGACGUGGUGGAGGCCCAGGGGAGCGGGGCGGUGUGACUCCGGAGCAGAGCCUUGUGCCAGCAGUAUCCCCGCCUUUGCAGAGGGAUGGAGUGACAGGCUGAGCAGACGGGCAAGGGUUUAAGCAGAGUGUCUGCUUUGGUUUGAUGGGACCACUUCCCACAGACUGCGGGGCCUCAGCAAGCUAGUUGAUAAUUUUUUUCCCAGUUUUGCCUUAGCUCAUACUUUUCUGCCUGUGGGAAGAGCAAGUCAGUGUCAAAGUGCAGGGCUUGUAGUUGGAGGAAGAAACAAUAAGACCAUUCUCCCUCCAAAUCCUGACUAUUUAACUUCAGAGCUUGACCUGCUGUGCUGGCAGCGUGAUGUUUCUGUAGCAAAUACAUCCAAAGGCCUGAUAUGAUCAUGUACCCACCAGCUCUUUAACUUGUUGAAAAGGAAUAAUGAGAGCAAAAUAUGCUCUAGAAACUCACAAUAAUGCAUUCAUUUCUGAAGGCAUGUUCUUGUGUAUGUGUCCCAGCCAAAGCCCAGCAGUGUGUGUGGUCAGUCACCUCAGUGGAGCCAGCAGAAAAGUAUGCCUGGGAUAAACUAAUAAAGGCAGAUGAACUAGCAAGAAAAUGGGAGAGAGCAAGUGAAGAGGAUGUAAACAGACAAACUUGGGGGUGGUGGGAGAAGGGGAGGUGUGUGUGACUGUGGACGUGGGCUGUGGGAAGAAGGCUGUAGCACAGCCUGGCAGAGUCCUUGAAGGCCUCUCCUACACCCUGGGACCCCAUGCCUCCUGCCCCGUGGUACGGCCGGUUCAAGGGGGCGGGAAGCAUUUGGGAUGGAGCCAGCAGGCGAGGCUGCGUGCCAAGAGUGCAUCUUAUGCGUCUCAUCCUGCAGCCAUCCUAAGCAGCUCUGCUGCAUGCUGCUUGGGGCUGGGGCUGGUAGUGUGCAUGGACACUUUCUCUGGUGCAGGCACAUCCUUUCCCUGCUAGCUUUGUCCAAGUGGCCCCACAGUGUUUUGAAACUUCUUCCUGCCCCAGAGCUCGCAUCCGGCUGCCAGGGCAUGCUGAAGACUGGAUGUGGCCCCACAGCUCAGAACGACCUCCAUGGAGCAUGCUCCCAACUAAUGGGAAAAAUGUUCUUACUGUUUGGGGCUGUUCCCAGAAUAACCUUGCAGCGAGCAGUGCGCGCAGGCCCUCGAGCAGAGCCCAGCACACACAGCUUAGUGCGGGUGGGGAUGGGCUGUCUGCUGGGCUGGGUGGUCAGCCAUGGGGAUGGUAGGUGGGCGUACAGGUCAAACUCACCUUGCUUAAAGAGAACUUCAUUAAAAUAACAAGCUGCCUAAUAGGAGUAUUUAUAGAAUCCUGCUCCUUAAUUUAAUCUCAUCUUUCACUGUUUGUUUGUUUUUGUUGUUUUUUUAAGUUCAAAGGCAUGAUAGAAAAGAAACCAAACUUUGGCGCCCUGGGGGAGAAGUGCACUGCAACUAAUCAUCUGUGUGAUUGCCGAGCCAGAGACUCCCCUCUGACCUGCACAGAGUUCACAAAAACAUUUAUCCCAGUGUGCAAACUGAUUGGUGCUGCUCCAUAUCUGUUCCAGAUGCAUCCUCAGUGCCACCCGCGUGGUGGGAGGCUGGCCUGGUGUGGCAGAGCCUGCCCGUGCUGUGGUGGCCCCAGCAGGUUUGCUGUCUGGACAGGUGCUCUGUCCACUGUCCGUGCCGGCUGUGGGCACGGGCUGUGGUCUGAGCAGCAGGCAGAGGAAGGUGCUGGGCUCGCUGGGUGCGGGCAGCUCGGCCGCAGCGGGUGCUGCUGGGGGCCCUUUGCCGGUGCCACCGCACGUCACCCUGUGGCUUCCGCCCUGGCGAGGCGGAAAGCCCCGCGCCCAGGCUGCCACCACAGAGGGCUUUGUGUGAGCUGUCACAAAGUGAGGAUUGAUGCCGUUUCCCCUCCCCCUUCUGUGCUGAGUGGAGCCGAAAAUGGCUCCCACAAAGGUGCCCUUCUUCACUGAGGACGAGGUGCCGGCAGGCAGAGGGGGCUGCUCUGCAGCACCGUGCUGUUGGUAGGGCCACCCACCAGCCUUUCUGCACUGGUGCCACGGAUGCCCAGGGCCCUGUCCUCAGCCUUGCGCGGGUGACCCGACUGCUGCUUGUGUUCCUGCCAGGGCAGCUGGGACUCCCUGCAGCAGGCCCCACGAUGGUGAGAUGGGGCCUGGGCAGCAUUCAGCAGCAGGUCCCCGGCCCACAUUAGCCUCAUUCAUGCCAUCACUGCUGGGAAUGAGGAGGCAAUGCCGGGGCUCUGCCUCAUGAGCUCUGCCUGCAUGAGCUCUCCCAGGGCCUGAGAGGGUGGUACACAGACCCUCUGCUUCCCUCCCCGAGGUGACAUGUCUGUGCCAUCCGGCUACCCCUGCUCCCCUGCCUUUGUGGAGCAAGCUGGCACUUCAUCAGGGUGGGUUUGGUGGAGGCUGGGGGAGCAGAUCUGCUUCCCUGCAAUGUAGCUGCAGCCAUGUUGGAACCUGCUGUGCAGUGUUCUUAGCAUGCUGGGGAAUAUCGUCACUUACCUGAAUUUUGCUUCAAAAUGGCCUAAGAGAAGCUUGCAUCAGCAUUAAUUAUCUUCCAGCUCCUCCCGAUGUGUAGUAACAAGUCAUCGUGCUAUUGAGAGUGGCUUGGAAAAGUUUCAGAAAACGUGCAUGAAGAACAGAUUGUAAUCUCUGUUAAAUUCAUAUGUGUUUGUUCCAUGCUGCACGUUUUAGGCAAUGGCCUCUGGAUUAUUUGCAAGGCAUCCGGAUGAGCCGGUGGGGCAGCGCAGGCAGCAGUGUGGGGUCUGUUGGGGCUGUGCCAGUGCCUCCAGCGUUCCUGCAGUGGGGUCCUGUGCUCCUUGCCAGCCCUGAGGACAGGGAGCCUGCUGGGAGAGGAGGGUGAACCCCUGCAGCUCAGGCUGCGCUUCCUGUCAUGCUUUGGAGCCUUGGGCUGCGUCGGGGGCAAAGAAGGUUUGCUUUGCUCUGUGUAUGCUGGAUGGGUGUCCAGGUGCCAAAGCAGAGCUCUCCUCUCUGUUUGGUUCAGCAAUAGUGUUUGCACCAUUACUGGUCACUAGUGUCUGUUGUUUUGGACUUCUCACGUAGACUGGCUGUUCAUGUGACAUUGUUAUUAUUUACAUAGGGCCCAGACUUGCUCUUUCUUAUUGCCUGCAGCACGAUGUUUGCUCAGACUGGGCACUGUGAAGUGUAAACCCAGGUCCCACUGGCACCAGCACUCACCUCUGCCUUUUCUAGAAGCAGAGACCACAUGCUGAGGCAGUGGCACCUUUUCCCAUCCUCCUCCUCAGCGACUUGUUUCAGCACCUCUCUUGUCCUCUCCUCCUGCUUCCUGCAACAGCAUCUCUCCGAAAUUGGUUGGUCUUAUCUGCUUUUGUCCCCUUUGCGUAUCUCCCUCCCCUGACGUUCUUGGUGAUGUGUCCCUUUUGGAAGAUGCUCAGGCCUCCUCAAGGCCUCUGUCUGCUUUGCACCAGCCCACCCUGUGCUUCCUCUGUGUUUCCUGGUGUCGAAGCUCCCUGCGGCCACUGCGGUUCUGCAUCCAUCGCCAGAGACAUCUGUGCUGCUCUGUGAAAAUGGUCUGGCUCUGGGGAGUGUGAUGGGACUGAAGACUUGUGGGGGAACCCACAGCAUGUCUUAACACCCGUAGUGGAUGAAAAGCCUCCCUCUGAAGCCAUUAGGAGCAGAAUUCUUUCUGCUUAAAAUGACAGAGCUGCUUCAACCAGCCCGCCUUGGGGUUGAAAUUUGUUCUCUGCUUGGGAGGGAAGGUAUUGGGUUUUCCCAUCAUUGCUAGAUGGAGACCAGCCCAUGGAAGCAACAAAAUGAGUCUCAGAGGCUGCCAGCCCAAAUUCCAAAACUAUUUGGCAUUGCACAAAUGUACCCUCUUAUCAAAAGCAAAUGAAAAUGCAGAAGGUGUGUCUGGCCUAAUCCUGUGUUCACCUUGGCCGUCUGGUGUGUCAGCACAGGCACUGUGGCAUGCAUGUGGGCUGUUGGUGCUCUGCCAGGGUGUGCUGCCCAGCAGCCCUUUAAUUCUGCUCCUUUCUUCCAGAAUCAGUCCAUAAUGCCUGAGGUGCGAGACCUCUCUGAUGCCUUGCCCGAGCUGCCGAUGGAUCCCAUCACAGGUGUUGGUGUGGUCGCAUCCCGGAGCCGAGCACCAACGGGAUAUGAUGUAGUUGCACAAACAGCAGAUGGCUUGGAUGCUGACCUCUGGAAAGAUGGCUUAUUUAAAUCCAAGGUCACACGGUACCUGUGCUUCACCAGAUCAUUUUCAAAAGAAAAUAGUCAUUUAGGCAACGUCUUGGUUGAUAUGAAGCUCAUUGAUAUCAAGGACACUUUACCUGUGGGCUUCAUUCCCAUCCAGGAGACCAUCGAUACACAAGAAAUAGCUUUCAGAAAGAAGAGACUGUGUAUUAAAUUCAUCCCUCGAGAUUCUACAGAGGCAGCCAUCUGUGAUAUCCGAAUCCUGGGAAGAUCUAAACAGGCCCCUCCUCAGUACACAUUCAUAGGGGAGCUGAACAGCAUGGGCAUUUGGUACCGGAUGGGCAGAGUGCCACGCAACCACGACCCCGCUCAGCCUGCGGCUCCUCCUGCCCCAGCACCAGCUUCCACCCCUGCUCCCAACCUGCCCAGGCAUAUCUCGCUGACACUCCCGGCCAGCUUUCGGGGCAAGAGUCACAGCACCCGCCUGGACCUGGAGCACCAGCACUCCAACCUGUAUGCAAUCUCAGCAAUGGAUGGAGUGCCUUUUAUGAUUUCGGAGAAGUUUGCCUGUGCUCCUGAAGGGAUGCAGCCAGUUGAUCUCUUGGGCAUCACAAUCAAAACCCUUGCAGAAAUUGAAAAGGAGUACGACUACAGCUUCCGGACGGAGCAGAGCGCGGCGGCCCGGCUGCCACCCAGCCCCACCCGCUGCCCGCCGGUCCCGCCAUCCUGAGGGGCCGUCGGCCGGAGCAGGCGUGUGCGUGCAUACUACUGAGCGGGACACAGGACACAGGACACCGUGCUGGGACCGUCCUGGCACACCUCCGUGCACCCGGCCACCACCGCCACCCUGCGCUGCACCACCCCCUGCACACGCCGCUCUGCGCUGGGACCCCCUUCGGCAGCUGCACCCCACACACUGCUGCAGACCCCUCUCCAUGUGAGUACAGGACUGGGAGCCUUGGUCAUCCCCACUUUGUAACCCUGCUGCAGGACAGUCACAGAAUCCAGAGCUGUAGCAAACCCCUGCAAACACAGCUGGGAGCUCGCAGACCAUCGAGAACUCUCAGCCCUGAAAGGAACAGUGAAAGGCACGGCUGGGUAACGCUGCCCAAGCUGCUGUGGAGCUGGUCAGCUCUCUAUGCCUUGUGGCAGGAGGUCCCUGCGGCACUCGGUCCAGUGGCAGCACUGAGCUGCAGCAGAUGCCCCAUCCCUCUGCCGAGGCCUGGGCACAGCAGUUCUGCCACAGCCAGGAUCAGCCCCCCCCAUACACCCACUAUAGUCACUGGAUUUGCUGUAGCUGGGGGAGCUGGGGCCGCUGGCUCAUGCCUGUCUUGGACUCUCCCUGGGCACUGGCAGGGCAGGGCAGGGCGGGCAGAGCGCCAAGGUGAAGCACCUCCGCUUUGCACAGGGUGUCCAUGUGUCCAUCCGGAUCUAGACCAACAAACUCCUGUGUUUCUUUCCGUCUGGAUGCUGGCAGCACCACGCUGGCAGACCCUGGCAGCACCCUGCUGACCCGGCCAAGCUGCCUGUGGAGCCAGGACCCUGCUGACAACUGGGAUGCCAUCACCUGCCCGUCACUCGAGACAGUUCUCUAAUGUGCCCCGCUAGCUGCUAAAAUAAAAGAGAUGUGCCUGUUCCCUGGGCACUCCCAGGGAAGCACUGAACUCUGACGUGGCACAGGAUGAGAGUGGGAUGCAUUAAACCCUGACCUGAGCCCCCUGUGAUCGCUGACCUGGGCUCACUCCCGAGCCAAACGCAUGUCUUGGAGAAGUCUGUUGCUGUAAUAAGUUAUUUACAAGUGCCCAUGUGACUCCAUGCUGCUCUUUCAAGUCUCUGCUGUAAAACAAAGCUACAUCAUGGCAGCAAAAUGGCAAUUUUUGAGUAAGUGUUAAAACAUACAAUUUUUUAUAUUGUAAAAUAGUGAUUUCCUGACCCCACUGAAAUGCAAUUGCCAUGGUAACAGUAACAGUGUUGUCUCUCAGCCUGGGUCAUAUGUGUGCCCCGACCCGCUUUGCACUGCCUUGGAUUGAUCUGGCAUUUGCUAGUUGCACAGAAUGGUGACUGUCUGUGCAGGUUUUGUACUGUCAGCUUCUAUUUUUUAUUUGUACAUAUGUAAAAUAUUUCUUGUCCAAAGAUUCAUUUCUGGUUUUAAGGCACCGCACCGUACUGCUGGGAUAAUGAGCACAAAAUACUGUAACAUUCAAGACAAACUGAGUCCAGAUCUUUGCUUCAGCUGCUUCCAAUCAGGUAAAUAAUUUUCUGGAGCUGCCUCUGUAGAGCAGCCAUGUGGUUGGAGAGCAGAGGCCAGUUUGGUUGCAGGUGUGUUAGUUUUGGGCAAAAGAGUUAAGGCUGUGCCAUUUGCACCAGCUCUGGAGCCUCGCAUGACCCCCUGGAAGUGCUCGUUUACUUGGAGGUUGCAGCAACAUUUUUAGUUGUUAUUUAUCCUGCCGGAAAGAAAAGCCAGACCUCACUGCCAGGCUUCACAAAGGCCAGAUUGAUGAUGCCGACAUCGACAAAUGAACAUACCAUGGCAGCCUGGUCAUUCGGCUCAGGUUCACUUGAAGUUCAAAUCCACUCCACGCUGUAGUGCUGUACCCAUCUCAUCCAUCUCUUGUCUGUCUGUUUUUCUGCUUGUAAUUUGUUCUGUAGUUUUCUGUGACAUCCAUUUAUAGCUUCUCCUGUGGCUCAGUGGUCACGGCAGGUAGGCAGGACCUGUCUGCAGCUGUGCAUUCCUCAUAGCUUUGGGAUGAGAGCUGACCUUCCCUGUUCCCAGUGGAGGAGUGAGGGCUGCGGGCAGCACAGAGCAGCCAGCACAGUCUGCAGAGCUCCAGGGGCAGUGCUUGCCACUGGGAGAUGGAGAGACCGCUGCCAGGAGCCCUUCCUCAAGCUGCCUCUUCCCGUGUGAGGGCAGGGCUGCCUGCACAGCGGCCGGGGGGCUCAGGGAGGAGUCAGUUCUGAGGGCGCCGAGCCCUGCACUUGGUGCCACACUCCCUGGGUAUGCCUGGGAAAAUGGGUGCAGAGCUUUGAGUCCCUUCUGUGAGAUUUAGCUUAGAGAUAAAAUUGGUGCUUUAAUGUUUUAACCAACUGUUAGGUUUGCUCAGCUGCCUUGGAGAUAGUGAGCUCAGCCUGCUUUGCAGUGACCUACAGGAGACACUGGGUGCUUGAAACACUGGCAGGACAUGUGGCUGGGACAGGCAUCUACAUCUUCAGGAUAUAUUUGUAGCUACUUCUCCUCUGACACUGGGCCAGCAAAGCUGCUUAGGGGUGCACCUGUGAAGAACCUUGAGAGGUGAGUUUGCUCUCCACAGUGCGAUCCUGCACCAUGGCACUGCAGGGACACCCUGUUCCAAAUGCACAACAGGGCAGGUGCAUUUCCUCUGGGCAAAUGCAGUCAAGGUGUUUGGAGCAAGAAGCUGCAGCUGCUGAGAGCCAGCUGAGCUCUCAGCCCUGCUAACCACAGGCUGGAAAACUGGGCGAUUCCAAAAGAGAGAGGGCUCAGAGCCAGUGCUUGAAAGCACAGCGAGACACAGUGCAGGGUGGUUGACUGUGUCAGCUUCUCAAUCCACUGCUCAGAGGAAGCUUUUUUUAAUUGCACCGCUGAGUUCCCAAGAUCCAGAGUGUCAGGUCAGCAUUUCCAUGGGCAGGUUUUAUUGGCUAUUCCAUAACUUUUGUACUCCCAGCAGCUCAUUGCAAGGCUGGUCCUUGCAUCCUCGCAGUGACUCCUCCAUGCUGGCAGGUACCAUGGCCAGUAUGAGCAUCUCUCUGCAUCUUCCUCCCUGUCCGAAAUGCGACUGUGGAAGUAUUGGCCCGGGCAAUAAAUGUUCAGGGAGCCUGAUGCGGGUGUUGUCUGGCUGUGGGGAAGUCUUCUGGAGCACAAGGGGAGGGGAUGAGUCAGUGGAAAGCAACAGAAGUGGAUUUGCAGAGCUUUACCAGAUGUGCUUGGCUACCUUGCCUGAAUUUGUAGAACAAAACUGCUCUCUAGGUAGUUCAAUCUUGCGGCUGAUGGAGAAGUUAGUUUGCCAAAUUAUCAUAUAUCUGCAACAGAGACAGAAAAGCAGCAAUAAGGGGUUUGCUUACUGUAAAAUACACCUUCUGAUGUGAAUUCGUAGUGACAUGCUGCCUCCUGGAUCCCCCACAGCAAGAAGCUGGUCAUGUGCCAAGGUGACUUGUGCCCACCCAGGCCGGGCUGUGCUGUCUGCUGUGUUAACCAUAGAAAGGCAAGAAAUUAGAACAGAAAGUGACGUAGAGUGUGAACUUUGUGAUAAAAUUCAAGUGUGAACAGUUGUAGUGGGUGUGUCCCCUGUGGGAGCACCUCGUAGCCGUAGUUCCGUAGGAGUGAACUUUGUCAGACUUUUCCUGUGGCUGUCCCUGCGUGUGCCUGCAGUGUUUGUCAGAGGAUCCCUGGGAGCCUCCUGUGCAGUGAGAAGUUGCUGGUAGUCUGUAGCCUUGGGCUUGUUUGGUUUCACACCCACCACUGCUCCCUCAGUGUUCUGAGCUCUCCAGACUGAACGUGCACACUGCUGAGCCUGGAGAAUUCCCUGCAUGGGCAGGCACGUGCCAGGCAGAUGCUAGUGGCAAGGGCAUGCAUCUGCUGACCUUGGAAUCUCCUCUUCCGUGGGGCCCUGAGAUCUCCUGGGGGGAGGGAAAUCAGGAUGUGGUGCCUGCAGAGCUGGCUGGUCCCAUGUUGGCCCUCACCUCCCUGCUGCCCCCAGGGUGACAUAGGGUCUGUCUCCCCAGAUGUGCCCGUGGCCUCUCCCACGACAGCCCCAGGAGCCCAGAGAGGUGUUCCCACUCCUCCUGAAGGGCAGGCACGUCUUGCUACAUGCAGAUAAUUACCUCAGCCUUGGAGCCUUGACUAACAGCCGGGAAUCCCUGCCAGCAGUGGGAAUCCCGGCAGGGCCCAGCGGUGCUGGUGUCAGUCAUCCCCAGCCAGAUCCCCCUGGCUGUGGUGCAGGGAGGAGGGGAGGCUGCUCCCCUGCUCACAAACAAGCUCAGUGAGGUGCUGCUCAGUUCAUUCACCACAGGGAAACCAAACACUUUGGAUAUUCUGGUCAUUUGUUACAAAAUUGUUUCCUAACAGCAACAGAUUUAAAUGUCAUCAUGCAAAUGGCAGAGAAGAACCUUUUAUGCAGUUGCAAAGUGGUUUUCUAAGAUGGUUGGGUUAUUGAAAGUGAUUUUACUGUGCAUUAAUCUUAUGAAUGUUACUAUGUUUUAUAUUUAUUUUAGAUGACCCUCCUGUAUUUUACAAAGGGAAGUUUCAUUCUGUGAUAACUCAGUCUGUAUUCUUAAUAUAAUUUGUUAAAUGAAACUUGUUUUAAUCAGUUUA